UUGGCCGCCCGCACCUUAAGCCUCUCGCAAUCGUACCGCGGGUCACUCCGGUGAGGACGAACGAGCGGCCGCCACCUUCCGACUCGGGGAAAGAGAUCAUGUCAGACUGCGGUGGUGACCCUGGGGGCCAGAUGGCCAUGGACUCAGAAGUGGAUGCUUUUCGAUUAUUCUCAAAGAGGAAGCCUGAAGCUUCCCAAUGCAAGGACAGGAAAAAUGAGGAAGUGGACUCUCGGCGCAGACAUGAAGCGGCACAAGGCGACCCCUACCGCUACAGGAUGGACUACCCCAGUCGAGGAGCCUGUCUGAUUAUCAACAACAAAAACUUCCACAGGAGCACAGGGAUGAACUCCCGUAAUGGGACAGAUGUAGAUGCUGCUGCUGCUAUGAAGACCUUCUCCAGGCUGGGCUACAAGGUCAGGGUGGCAAACGACCAGACUGUGGCACAAAUGGAAAAUCUACUGUACAGCGUCUCUCAGGAUGACCACAGCGGCUGUGCAUCGUUCGUGUGUGUGCUGCUGAGUCAUGGGGAUGAGGGUCUGCUAUAUGGGACCGAUGGCUGCGUAGAGCUAAAGAAACUGACAGGAUUCUUCAGAGGAGACCGCUGUCUGAGUCUGGUGGGGAAGCCUAAACUCUUCUUUAUACAGGCAUGUCGUGGCUCACAGUUGGAUGGUGGCAUUGAGACAGAUAGUGUACCCGACAAUGCACCGGAGAGGAUACCCGUGGAGGCGGACUUCUUAUAUGCCUAUUCCACGGCUCCAGGAUACUACUCAUGGAGAAAUACGACCAGCGGUUCCUGGUUCAUGCAGGCAUUGUGCGAGAUGUUCCAGCUGUACGGGACUGAGCUGGAGUUGAUGCUGAUCAUGACCCGAGUCAACCACAAGGUGGCUCUAGACUUUGAGUCUGCCUCCAACCUUCCGGGAUUCAGUGCCAAAAAGCAGAUCCCAUGUAUCGUUUCCAUGUUGACCAAACACCUCUACUUUCCACACUAGAACGGCCGUUGGUCAGGAACUGUAUGCUGGCAUCAUGUAUUUCAGACCUAUUUCAGUUUCAGGUAUCCCUGUCAAAGAACAGAUCUCAUGUGCUGUCUCUGUGAUUAUACUAAUGUUGGUGUUUUUAGUCCCACUUCCUCCUUCUGUUCUACUCUCAUAGACUCAUAACCAACUGAGAUGGUGAUGGGAUUUUAGGCUUUGUGCUCAGGAAAUUUGGCCUCAAUCACUUUGUUAUUUUUGCCAGUUUGUAGUUUGGGAAUAGCAUUGUAAUGCUUCAAAUUGUACUUGGAAAAUUUCUAAAUAGGCUUUUUUUUUUUAAUUGCUCUGCCCUUAGGUUUUUAGGGGGUAUUGGAUUUAAACACUCCAUUUUUAAUCAGUCUCUUUUGGGAAUGUGUAUUUUUUUUUUAAUGGCGAUUGUUUCAAAACUCCCCUUUGUAAUACUUCAAGGUCUUGAGUCAUUGGUCAAGUCCUCUAAUCAAAUUAUGUACAUGGAGCCUUUUUUAUGCAUCUUUUACCACCAUUUCAAAGCAAUAAAAGUUCACCAUUUAAAACGCAUAUCGAAUUAUUUAUCAU